AUGGUAGAGGAAACACCAGUGGUGGACGUGGCGCCGGUGGUGGUUGAUGCCGUCAUGGAUGCGACGCCAGAGAGCCUCGAGGACGCCCUCCGCAUCGUGCUGCAGAAGUCACGCGAAGCCAACGGCCUCAUCCGCGGCCUCUCGGAGGUCGUCCGCGCACUCGACCGCCGNGCCCUCCGCAUCGUGCUGCAGAAGUCACGCGAAGCCAACGGCCUCAUCCGCGGCCUCUCGGAGGUCGUCCGCGCACUCGACCGCCGCACCGCCCACCUCUGCGUCCUCGCCGACGACUGCGAGGAUGAGGAGUACAAGAAGCUCAUCACCGCGCUCGCCAAGCAGGGUGUGAUUGAUCUCAUCAACGUGGAGGAGCGCGAGAAACUCGCGCAGUGGGCGGGGCUCGCAAAGAUCGGCGCGGACGGCGAGGUGAAGAAGACCUUCAAGUGCUCCUGCGUGGCGGUGCGGGACUUCGGUGAGCGCACGCGCGCCCUCGACUUCCUCCUCUCGCACCUGCGGUGA